AUGAAGCCCUGGUCACUCGCCGACACUUGUUGCACUGGAAAGCCAGGAUCUGGGGGCUCCCUUUUGAUCCUAGCCUUAGAUAAGGUCCGUCGUCAAAUGCUUGUGCAUUUGGGGGGUUAUUUGCGGCUUUGGCUGAAAAGCAACUUCCAAACCCUCGAAACUCCUCUUGCUGCAUGCAGCGCUUCGGCCCCGUCGUACGGAGCGCGCAGGCCGUUUGGCGCCCCCGCGGGGUCCCUUAGCGCUCGCAGGAUCUUUUCAGCAUACAGUGACUCGCUCCCUUUGCGUCCCCCUGCCAGAGAGUCGAAUUCCCAAUCGCCGUCUCAGGCGAAGGCUCAACCGCUGGACCGCGAGGUGGCAGCCAGGCAGGCACCUGUGAGUUCCUUUGCAGCACCCUCUGACAGCCAAAUACGUCGCCUCUGCGUGAGCGGGAGCUCCAGUUUGUACGAGGAGUGUGUUAGCACAUUACGGAGAAGACGAUUUGAGCUCGGCAGUGCCCUGCUGGAAGCCCCCAGUCCCGAGAUAGAGGAGCUUUCUCGGCAGGAGAAGGCCAUUAUCAGCAAGCUUAUGGAGAGAACGCAACAGGAAGCAAAGGCACGAUGGCACGGAUUGGGUUUGAUGGUUCGCUUGCUAUUUUUUGCUUCAUCCACUGGAAUCGACGCGCUGUGGGAUCCGAGGGCACGCGUUGAGGGUCUGGAGGCUCAAGUAGCCCACGAUUUUGAAGAGUUCAGCAGAUUGGUGGGAGCAGCAGAGGCAAGACGACAGCGACUGCUGCUGCGGCAGUCCCUAAAGAAGGCCGCUAAAGUGCACGAUCCUCUUAGCGAGGAGCACAGGCAGUACUUCGGGGAACAGGAGGCAGAAGCUCCGCCAGCUCCACACCGGCAGUCUGAGCGCUUUUGGGACCCCAGCGCAAGUUUGCGCAGCGCGUUGAAAAAUAAGAACCUUCCAAUCACCUGGAAAGAUGUACAUAUACUGGUAUACAUAUGCAUUAAUACACACAAGGCUACGCGUAUACAAGCAAAGGUUUCAUCUACACUAUUCGCGUAUAGGUGUGCAUGCAUCUAUAUAUAUGCAUGCGCGCAAACAUGUAUAAAUAGCCUUUGCAUGUGUAUGGGCGUACUGAAAGAACUAUGUGCAUCACAUACACGUAUGCGCAUACGCACAAUUAUGCAUGGUACGUGCACACACACUUCUCCAAGACGAGCCAUAGUCGUACCCCCAUGUACCAGCAAGCCUGGAAACUGA